AUGGCGAGUGCACCUUUGCUCGACAAGAAGAAGGCUGGGCACUCCAAAGCGUCCAUUUUCUAUGGUGCCGACGAGUAUUUGGCAGAGUUGCAGAAGAAGUAUGAGCGGGACCAUGAGAUCGCGGCUCUGAAAUUGGCACAGCCAGAUGAGGGUGAUCCCCAUGCUCCGAGCAGCAUGGCCAAGAGCAAAGAGAAGAUCCUCUCCGUUGAGAAGAACGACCAAAACAGGAGCUUGAAAACAGGACGCCUCUUCCCCAUCCCGAACAAGCCAGACCCCAUGCCACAAAACUUAGCAUUCCUGUUUACCAAAAUCACCCCUGAGCAGAUGGUGUACAUGUGGAACGUGCUGACUGCGAUCUUCGUAGUGCAAUGUCUCAUGAUUCUCACUUACUGUGCUUCCCUUGCGACCUUCCCGGAGCACUACUGGACAUGCACACUUCUCUUUGGAGCUCCCUUUGCAUACAUCUGCAUUCAACAGAUUUACAUCGACCAUGAUGUGAUGCAUGGCGUUACGUUCCCGCCCUAUGAGUUCCAGAAAUUCUUGACGCACCCGUUCUCGGACUUCUUCUCCCUGCCCUGGGAGGAGUUUGUGCUGGAACAUGCUCGACACCAUGCCAGCACCGUCGACUUGUUGAUGCAAGGUGAGUUUGGUUGGGAUCCUGAGGAGUUUCACUAUGCUCUGCAGCAGUGGGCUGGCCCAAUGGGACCGAACUGGUACAAGUACUUGCUGACUGUGCCUUGGAUUCCGGUAAUUCAUUUCUUUGGACUCAACGACACUGGGGCGCUAUUUGCCGUGGAAUGGUGGCUCAGUUUUCCUGAAGAGGGAGGUGGAGGCAAGUGCAACAGGGAGUUCUGGUCGAAGUGGUUUCCCAGGAGAGUGAAGCACAACGCGUUUGUGCUGUUCAUGUGGACCUGUGUCUGGCUUCUGGGUACUUGGCCAUUGGGUCGACCACUGAGCGAGGGCUGGAGGUUUGUGUUGCCUGUGACCUGCUCUGCACGGGUUGGAUUCUCACUGGCUUGGAUGUUCAUCACGAACUUCACUCAUUCCUUGCCAUGGAACAAGUUCCUGGCCAAUGAUCCGGGACGCACCUGGCCUCUCUUGCACAACCUCAUGGCAUUGGCUGUGGGCGGCAAGCAUCGUUGGAAUGAAAUGCUCUUCCAUGACGUUCAUCAUGCUUUCCCCAAUGCAUUGGGCACCUUGAGCCAACGCGGCCGCUUCCAUGGGUGGAAGAAGGUGCAUGAUGCGUCCGUGGAGGUUCUGUACCGCGGCUUGUGGAAGGAAAAUGGGGACGAGGAAACCGAGAUGCAGAAGCAGCAGAAGAGCCUGAGAUGCAGAGCCCUUUACAACAACCUUGACAGAUUCAUUGCUUCAACAGACUACAAUACACACUGUUCCAUUUGCUUUAUACAUUCUUGGCCUCCUCUAAGCAGUGGACGGAUUGGUUUUAAGAGCACUUUGCUUUUAGAAUAG